AUGGCCGACCGCCUUCGUCAGAUCGCGCAAAGGGUUAAAGACAGAAUCUUUAUACCUCAAUUGAAAGGCAAUAAUAAUCGCGAAAGGGUUGAACACUUGAUCAGCAAAUAUGUCCCGGCUAAUAGAGUUACUGCUAUCGCUGAGAAGUUCAGGCACGAAGGUGUCACCAACAAAGUCAAGGAACUGGUGUCCAGAUAUGAAAAAUUCACGGGUAUAGAAGAAAUUAUGGCGAUACAAAACACGGUUGUCGAAGCACAGGAACGUUUCAUGACGGCCCAAGACCGCAGACGAGACCUAGGUCGUGAGCUAGCAGCGAUAGAUUCUAGAUUGAAGGAAUUACAUUCGGAAAUGCAGAACACUAUGAAGGGCGAUGAGAAAUAUCUACAUCUAUGUACAGAGGAACACAAGCUAAUAAUCCAAGAGCGUGCACUCCGAACUCUUUUCUCUGAAGCUGAGAGGGAGGAAAGGGAAUUAUUUGCAACUAUGUCAGCCGCUGUGAAGCUUGGUCAUGAACGGGAAAGGGCCCACGCUGAAAGAAAUAAAUAUUGGUAUAUUGUUGCUUCUAUACUUGGUACAGUGUUAGGUAUAGCGGGUUCAACCAUCAACAACCAUCUCAAAAUGGCUGAAUUCCGUGACAUGAUGGAACAGCAAAUGGCGCGAACAGCCAGCGUCUUAUACACAGUGGCUGGCGGAGGAACAGCCAACAAGACGGACAUAGCUGAAGCUAUGAAGACCGAGUUUGCUUACCAGGAGCAACUAGCGAAUAACUUGACCUUAAUGCAGGAAAACAUCAACAAUUUGAUAAACAAACAAUCGUCGCUGAUAGAUCACUUGAAUCACCAAGACCACGUGUUGGAGACACAGAUGCGUGAAAUCAAACGUCUUAUUCUCGCCGCGUCACAGAACAGCGCGAAAUCUGACGCUGAACUGGCGAAGGCCUUGUCUGCCGUCCAUCAUGAGCACGAAGAUGAGGAGAACCACAUCGAAAAAGGCUUAGACUCGAAUCAAUUACUAACAGGGCUCGGAAUUGUAAUGUGUGCGGCUGUCAUAUUUAGUAAUAUAUUUGGUCGUCUCAGUUGA